GCAUUAUUGACUCUUUAGCAUUUUUGUUUACUUCCGCGUUUUGUUUAGUAUUGUUGUUAAAAAACACUUGCAAAAUGUCGCAAACAGAUCUGGACAAAAGCAUUGAAAUAAUAUCGAAGACUGAGGAGUUGGCUGACAAGAUCAUGGUCAAUAAGCAAGAAUUGACGGUGAUGGAUAAGCGACGCCAGCAGACUCGAGAGGCAAUGCGGCUAAUGGAAAAGUCAGAGGACAAGAAAGUUUGGAUCACAAUUGGCAGCAUGCUUGUAAAAAUGGAACGGAAUAAGGCCCUUGAUCUGUUAAAGAAAGAUCAACAGCAAAUUGAACAACAAAUCAACCUGAUUUAUUCAGACCAAAAAGUUUUGGUCAAUAAACAUCGCGAUUUAGAGUUUAAGUCACCGUUCUCGGGUACUAAUCUCAAACCACUAGGAAAAAAGGAGUUCGACGCUCUAAAAGCUAAUCUACCAUUGCUGUGAAAAUAGUUACUUGAUUAAAUCUUUAUAGUUUAAAACCUCUUAUUUCCUUUGGGCUGCAAAUCAUGACUAAUGAAGGAGCGGGAAAAUGUUUGACUAAUCGUUAUUUUCAUAAAUUUAAAUUCGUUUAUUUUAAGAUGUGUGUUUAUAAAAUACAUUUCGUUCGUUAUACCUAUGUGUGAACAAACUGACGUGUAGAGCAUUAGCAGUCCUUUAAUAUGAAGAUAAUAUUUAACUUCAGGAAGAUGGAAUACUGAAAAAUAAUGAAAUUAAGUCCAUGAAUUCUAUAAUUAAGUAUUAUGUGUUAAAAUGUAUGGUAUCUUCCGAAAAAUUCAACAUUUUCUAAUUUAAUUUUCACAUCAUAAUUUUGUGUUGGCGCCUUACAUAUAUCGUAAACAAUAUAUCGGCACAUUGCCAUCACCAAGUGUGACCAUAUUCCCAGACGAGUGUGACCCAACCGCUCAAAGCUCCCGCAGCACAUUUGUUGUAGCGCUCCGUCGUUGUUGACUUGUUUCGUCGUAGGCUCCGAUUGGACCGAUCUGAUCAGACUUUGAAUCGAUCGCAUUGAUUUCGAAACGCAGACUCUUAAUCGGAAACUAGCCGAAUGUAAAAGAUCAGAUCGAAAAACCGUUGACAAUAUAAUCUGUAAUAUAUAUAAUAAAAAGGCUACAAAAACGUGCGCUCUUACGU